AACAAUUUGAUAAACUGACAUUGACAGUGACUGCCGAAAUUGAGUCAUUUAGUAUGUGAUACGAUAUGUUUUGUAAAACUUUGUCGAACUGAACUUAAUACGAGGAUUAAAGAAUUUAAGUUAUUACUUUUAUAUCUUAGACUAAAAAGUAAGCUAUGGCGUCUCAAGCUUUAGCCUCUUUAACGGCUACGUAUACCGAUUCUGAGGGAGAAGAAGAUAUGGAAGAUCAAACCCCGGAAAAAGAAGAACUGAAAGAAACUCAUUCAGAACCCGCAAGUCCGAAAAAAAUGGAAGAAAUCAAUAAGCCAGCCUCUGCCCCGGUAACUCCUAAGAGAAGGUUAGUUUCUUACGUUGAUGACACUGUUGUAUCUGACGAAGAACCAAUAUCACCUGGCCCGGAGAACCAAGAUGAUAUGCGGCGUCUGUCAAUGGAAACGGAUACAGACGAGGCGGUGCCACGCUCCGAGCCUGAUGAAUGUGAAGACGGUGUGACCAUUCCACCAGAACCGCCCGGGAAAUGUCCCAAAGAGCUCCAAGACACGAUAGCGAAGUAUUACAGUCGAAUGUUAAGUGAAGGAUAUGAUAUGAAUAAAAUCAUACAGGAUAAGAAGAACUUUAGGAACCCAAGUAUUUAUGAAAAAUUAAUACAGUUUUGUGACAUUAAUGAACUGGAUACAAACUAUCCUCCUGAAAUCUAUGAUCCUCUCAAGUGGGGCAAAGAAUCAUAUUAUGAUGAAUUAUCUCGAGUACAAAAACUAGAGAUGGACAGAAGGGAGAAGGAGAAAAAGGAGAAAUUGGCUAAAAUUGAUUUUAUAUCUGGUGUAGCCAAGAAAUCUGAAAGUGAUGAUGAAAAGAAAAGGAAAUCCAAGUGGGAUCAGGCCGCUCCCAACGUGUCCAACAAGCCAACUAUCAAGCAACCUGGUUUGGUACAACAACCACUGACAAGCAAUGUUACCGGAACUAAAGGGACUAUAAUCUCAGCAUUUGGAUCUUUACCCAAAAAACCUAAAAUUUGACUGGAGACAAUUACUCAUAAAUGAAUUAUAUGACUAUAAUAAUAUGCCUUACCAUUUGCAAAUACAAAAUAAUGUAUAGCAUUAGGCACGUCAAAGUGAAUGUGUUAUCCAGUGGAAAGUAGUAAUGGGACAAUUAUUUUAACUGUAAGAGACAUUAGUACAUAAAUACAAAUUCAAUAUUUUA